CCUGUUCAGCAUUGACCAGAUUAAGAAUUUAAUUUAUUAGGGAUUGACGAGGAUCUUUAAACCCUGGUACUUCCGCAUCAUGACACUGUCUAAAUAAGUGUUCAAGUGCCAUACAUUCUACUUUUGAUUGCAGAAAGAAGAUCGAGAAUUUUCAGAGUGUUUUUUAUAACCUGAUAAAAGUGUACGUGAACAAGAAAGAAACAAUGGAUAUUAGGUUGAUGGUGACAAUCAUUUUUCUUUCCACGUCAGUUGUGAGAUGCACGCAGAUUGAAUGCUCUACGGAGAAACGAUGUAAAUGUCGGAAAAGUCAACUCCAAAAAGGAAACCUAUUUGCCAUCUGUGAAAACCUCUCUUUGACACGUGCGCCUGCAUUUAGAGCAGAUGUCAGUGAAAUUAGUCUUGCUCAAAACAAUAUUUCAGAAUUCCCUUGUUGUCUUCCAAAAACAAUCACGUAUUUGAAUUUAUCACGCAAUCUUUUACACGUGUUAAACCGAACCUCAUUAUCGUCUUAUCCAAAUUUGAGGAACGUCGACAUUUCGAAUAACAAGCUGGAAGAAAUUCAACUGAACGCUUUUGGAAACUGUUCUAAGCUUGAGUUUCUUAAUAUUUCCAACAAUCGUCAACUUACCAUAGAAGUGAUUUUAAACAUAUCGUAUGACCUUCAAUAUUCAAGGUCAAUCAGGAAUCUUGACUUUGAAUAUCUGCAAUGUACGUAUGGAGAUUCGCAGACGGUCAAGAAAAGGCAUUUGUUUCACUUGAGGGAUACCCUUUUGGAGGUACUAAGUCUGGCGUCCAAUCGGAUACACGAACUUGAGAGGGGUGUGUUUCUAAAUUUACCCAAGUCCUUAAAAGUUCUUAACUUAAAUAACAACGUAUUAAGCAUUGGCUUUUAUAUUCUUGAGUUUGGAAACAUGCCAAAUCUUGAAAUUUUCCAUGUCAGCUUCCAAUCAACAUUUCACCAAACAGAACUUUACGAAAUAUUUUUCAAAUGUAAUGAUACAAAAAUAAAUCCACGUACCCGUGCUUGGGAUUCAUUACCACAAUUCCAGUUGGCAUCGAAAGAUCAUUCCCAUUUUUAUAAAAGAAAUAUGUUAGGAGAUUCAGUGCACAAAAAUGUUACAUUUUAUUUACCACGGAAAUUAAAGCAGUUUCACUUUCACGAUAAUUUGUACAAAAUGGCUUUUCCUGCUUUAACAGUUAACGGUGCAUCCCAUCUUACUCAUGCUUAUUUUCAGAACAGCAUCAUCUACAGGUUGGAAGGACCUAUGUAUGGAAGUGGUAAUAUUCAGUAUGCAGACUUAUCAAAUAAUUUCUGUAAUCACAUAUCCCCAUCAUUUUUUGUUGACUUUCAAAACUUGUCGUAUCUGGACUUAUCUCGUAAUGCACUGGGAAGUAAUUUGGAACAUGAUGUAAAUGGAAAGAUAUUCCACAAACUUUACAGCCUAACCUCACUAAAUCUAGCUCACAAUAGAUUGGUGACUCUUCCCGAAAAACUGUUUCGAAAUCUAAAUCAAAUUCAAACUCUCAAUCUCUCAUACAACUCACUUGGGGAAUUUAAAGUAUACAUGAGGCAUAUGGAAAGAUUACAGCUUCUUGACUUCUCCUACAAUCAGCUGUCCGAAAUCGAUGUACACACCAGAGAAGCACUGAAUACGGUGGCAAAGAGAGGGAAACUUCAAAUCAAUUUAAUUGGUAACCAUCUCAGAUGUACCUGCGAAAAUUUAGGCUUCCUAUCCUGGAUACAAAAAUCAAGAUCCAUUGAAUUUCUAAAUCUGGGAAACUACACUUGUUCUUUUGAAAACUCUUCAAAAAUACAGAUUCGGAAUAUUGACUUUCUCUUGCAGCAGAUGGAAAAGAAUUGUGCCUCCUACACCUCUGUCAUAGUACUGGCGUCCCUAUCAGUUGUAGCUGCUCUAACAAUCUGUGUUAGUCGUGUGAUAUACCGAUAUAGAUGGAAGCUACGGUACAUGUACUACGUAGCCCGGGAAAAAUACCAAAGAGACGGCCAUCAAAAGGAAAGGAGUGGAAAAACGUUUCGCUUUGACGCAUUUGUAUCGUAUGCAGAUGAAGACACCGUGUUUCUGAAAAGUUUGGCAAAUCGCCUGGAGAAGGAGUAUGGUCUGAGAUUGUGUAUUCAUCACCGGGACUUCAUCCCGGGGACAGGAAUCGCGGAUAACAUCACGAACGCCAUUCAUAACAGUCACCGCACCGUCUGCCUCAUAACGUCACACUUUCUAGAAUCUUAUUGGUGUAUGUUUGAGUUGAAUAUGGCAAGAAUGGAAGCCAUUUAUUCUCGAGACGGGUGUAAUGUGUUGUUAUUGAUAGUACUGGAUAAAAAUGUCGUGAAGAAGAUGCCAAUGUCAAUAAUAGAUCUGAUCGAAUCAAUGUCGUAUUUAGAAUACCCCGCAUGUGGUGACGAAGACGAGAAAACGGCUUUCUGUUCUAAACUUGAAGAAACAUUGAAAUUCUAUUGAUAUGUUAGAUAUUUACAUAGUGAUGCAUAGCGCUCAAACUGUUUUACCAUUCUCCUGAAGGAAGAUAUUCACAAGUUCUAACCCGUUUUACCGUACCCCUGAAGGAAGAGAUCCAAUCUGUUCAGAAAUUAUCUGUAACAGAAGUCAAAACUAACUUUCGAUAAAAAUACCAUAUAAGUGAAGAUAUUUUGGCGCUUGUUCUAUAUCUAAUAAGAUAUUAAUGGAAAUUUUAAAAAUUUAGUUCAACAAUACAUUAGAGCUCUUCCUUCGCCACCAACGCCGGUGAAAUUUGAACCCCGCUAAAAUUAAGUACACAUGCGCUAAGCAAGCACUGGUCAAUCUUUAUAUAACUCACUCAAGAUUCGACCUCUUGCUUUAAGUCCUCAGGAGACCUUACUAAUACAAUUUUAUAUCCAUUGUGGGUUUUUGUUGUUGUUGUUUUUUUUGUUUUUUUUGGCUUUGUGUAUAUCCACGUUACAUAUUUAAUAUAGGCAAAAUAAAAACGAACUAAGGAAUGUUGAAUAUUGUUCCUGUGUCUUUACGUACAUAAUCUCGUGUUUAUCGACUAUAUCGGGAAAUUUGGGAACAUUCGUCUCGUUACGUUAUCUGUUUACAUCAUUAAGUUAUAUCGAUAUUUUUUACGUCAUGUGUUUACAUUAUUACGCUAUGUGGUUAGAUAAUUACGCUAUGUGGUUACAUCAUUACGCUAUGUGGUUAGAUAAUUACGCUAUGUGGUUACAUCAUUACGCUAUGUGGUUACUUCAUUACGCUAUGUGGUUACAUCAUUAUGUUGUGUGGUUAUAUCAUUACGUUAUGCAUUCUCUCACCAGAGGGUGCAUUACGCAAGCUUCACAUACACCUCUGUCAACGCUUGGAAUUACGUUACAAUAUAAUCAAAUGAUACAAACAAUCAUUCUCGGUUUCCUUUCCCUUUAAAAGUUCUGGCAACAGCUGAUACAUCAGGCUCUUUUCAUAGCCCACUGGCACUUUAAUAAGCACAUAUUUACCAUUUAGCUGUUUGUCUCUUAUUUUAUAAGUUAUAUCGUAUUUUUACAGCCUUUCUUACUUUUGAUUCCAUGUUUACAUUUAAAUCUCCACCACGUGUAUGUCCUACAUUUAUACGCAUAUUACGAAGUAGUUCCAAAUUUAUGAUCAGAAAACGACAAUUUUAAAUAAUUUACAGUAAGCAUCAAUUUAAUUGCACCAAAAACAUAUCAUAAUAUGACUAAAUAUUUAGUCCAAAACAUAAAUGUUGGAUAAUAGAAACUCUUACAAGAUUUCUGUAAAAAGCCGUUGACAGAGGUGUAGUGCGAGGAGCGAACGGAACUCUGGGUAGAGAAUAUACUAUUACGUUAUGUGGUUACAUCAUUAUAUUAUGUGGUUACAUCAUUAUGUUAUGUGGUUACAUCAUUACGUUAUGUGGUUAAAUCAUUAUGUUAUGUGGUUACAUCAUUACUUUAUAUGGUUACGUCAUUACUUUAUGCGGUUACAUUAUUACGUUAUGUGGUUACAUCAUUACUUUAUGAGGUUACAUCAUUACGUUAUGUGGUUACAUCAUUAUGUUAUGUGGUUACAUAAUUACUUUAUGUGGUUACAUCAUUACGUUAUAUGGUUAUAUCAUUAUGUUAUGUGGUUAUAUCAUUAUGUUAUGUGGUUACAUCAUUAAGUUAUGUGGUUAUAUCAUUACUUUAUGUGGUUACAUCAUUACUUCUUGUGGUUACAUCAUUACGUGAUGUGGCUACACCAUUACUUUAUGUGGUUACAUCAUUACGUUAUGUGGUUACAUCAUUACUUUAUGUGGUUACAUCAUUGCGCUGUGGUUACAUCAUUACGUUGUGUGGUUACAUCAUUACGUUGUGUGGUUACAUCAUUACGUUAUGUGGUUACAUCAUUACAUUAUGUGGUUACAUCAUUACGCUAUGUAGUUACAUCAUUGCGUUAUGUGGUUGGAUCAUUACUUUAUGUGGUUACAUCAUUAUAUUAUGUGGUUACAUCAUUACGUUAUGUGGCUAUACCAUUACUUUAUGUGGUUACAUCAUUGCGCUAUGUGGUUACAUCAUUACAUUAUGUGGUUACAUAAUUACUUUAUGUGGUUACAUCAUUACAUUAUGUGGUUACAUCAUUGCGGUAUGUGGUUGCAUCAUUACAUUAUGUGGUUAAAUCAUUACGUUAUGUAGUUACAUCAUUACAUUAAGUGGUUAUAUCAUUACGUUAUGUGGCUACACCAUUACUUUAUGUGGUUACAUCAUUGCCCUAUGUGGUUACAUCAUUACAUUAUGUGGUUACAUCAUUACAUUAUGUGGUUACAUAAUUACUUUAUGUGGUUACAUCAUUACAUUAUGUGGUUACAUCAUUGCGCUAUGUGGUUACAUCAUUACAUUAUGUGGUUAAAUCAUUACGUUAUGUGGCUACAUCAUUACUUUAUGUGGUUACAUCAUUUCGCUAUGUGGUUACUUCAUUACUUUUUGUGGUUACAUCAUUACGUUGUGUGCAAACAUCAUUAUGUUAUGAUAGACUUUCAUGAUCGACAUUGGUAAAAAUGCGAAAUGGCACACUGAAAUCCAGACGGUGUGCUUUUAGAAUUAUUGAAUGAAAUUUUACUAAUCUCCCGAUUCAAGACAUCCUGAUUGGCACGGGUUCAGUGUAUUGUAGUCUGCAUAAAGAAACCACAACGUAUUGUAACUGUCGAAAUAAAAAAAAAAUGGAGUUUAUUAUUUUGUUUCGUAGAUUGAUCAGAAUAAAGAGCAUCUAACAUUUCGUAAGUGCACAUAAAUAGCUGUCUGAUACAAGUAAGAUAUUUUCUCGUAUUGAAUGCUUGACCCUUCAAAGAUUUUGCAGUUUCUGAUAAUGCACGUACAUAAAGACAGUACAUCUAUUUGGAUGAAUUGCUUGCACCAUUUUCAAUUUCAAUUCCUAUUUCAAUGUAUAAUGGCAUUUCACAGAAGGAGAGAAAAUUGACCACUAAGUGUUAGCUUACAAGCAUUCAUGAAUUUCAACUAUUUUAAAAUUUUAUAUUGAGAAUAUAGUGGAAAUUUACAAGAGAGACAUCAGUACUCAUAUUUGAAUUCAUCAUUAGCAAUAAAAAAAAAAUAUUAGUCUGAGUUUGGACAUAACAACAUUCCAUUGUAAAAGACUAUGAAAUUGCAGGAAACUCUGAGUAUAACAAUUGAUUCUUGGUGUUGAGAUAUACAGAUACGUAGUAUCGUUUCUUUUUUAAAGUAGGAGAGGGGAUAGCCGGAGUUCAUGUUAAUUAUUGUUCUGUUGUUGUUUUUUUUCGUUUCGUCCUCUUUUCGCCUCGACAAUAUGACAAGACGACAAAACGCCAAACGAAAACACGAUAAAAUAGAUCGCUAUAAUUUUCGGGUUUUCUUUUUGUCUACAUCUUGUCGUUUUGGCAUCUUUUCGUUAUUUCAAAGCCAAAAUUCGCUAAUUUUCGUUAUGUCGUCUUUUCGCCUCAAAAACGAAAAGAGGACAAAUUAUAGAAUGGCACAAAAUUAUCAGCCCCAUUUCAUUUAAUAAUUCUGAAUGCACACCGUCUAGAUUUGAGCGCGCCAUUUUGCAUCUGUAUCGAUCUCGAUCAUAUGAAUGUUUAUCAUAACAUAAUAACGUAAAAAAUGUAUCGACAUAACAUGAGGCUGAUUUAAACUAUAAGGCAGUAAUGACUUCCCAUGUCUAGUUAUCAGGUUAUAUCGAUUAAUAGACAGUACUCGUGCGAAGUAUUUCUAUUGACAUCCCUGUAAGCUUUAACUGCGAUUUUCACAUUUACAUAAAUCACUUUUAUCCGGUCCUACUAAACAGAGUACGAUAGAGUACUUUAGAGUACGCUAGUAAAAUUUCAUAAUUUAAUGCAAUUUAACUGCUGUUCGUAGAUGUUCUUACUUUAGUUUAACCUAAUAAAUGUAUAUCUGGAA